CUGAUAGAAGGGAAGCGAAGAGUGCCGGGGAAGGAGGAGAGUGGACAGUGGAGAAGUGGAGGUGAUGAAGAGGAAAACCCUAAAGAGGAGCAGAAGGGAGAGGGAUCGAAUGGAGGGUGCUACUCUCGCAAUGCAUUUGCCGAUGCCGUUGCUUCCACACAACCAAAACACUUCAUCUUCAUCCAACCUCUCUCGCUUCCAUCUCCGAACUGUCACCGAAUCUGAGCAACUCGAAGAAGUAAAGGAGCAGCAGCAGCAUCACUCUUCGUUUCCCUUGGAUGAAAACUUCGACUUCGACCUUAACAUCGAUGAGAAUGAAAAAGACUUCAUUCUCAGCCAGGAUUUCUUUUGCACCCCUGAUUACAUAACUCCAGAUGGGCAACAAACCUCCAAUAUUUUGGACGAUAACAAAUUGAUCCAAUUUGUUUCCGAUUUUGUCUCAAGAAGUGGAUCAGUACCCCUUUAA